AUAAAUAAUCCACGUAAAGAGGAUGUUUGGGAAUAUCUCCUGUAUUUUAUUCCGCCCCCCCGCGUUUAUCACUUUUUUAAUUUUUGGACUUUUACCCUGAUUAAAGUCCAAGAGGGAUUCACGGUCACGGUGGCGGCUUGCACUUGCUCAGUUUAUCGCUGAACUUCUCUCGAGUUAACUCAACGAAAACCGAAUCAGGAGAACAUGGCAGCGGCCAGGAUAGGGAGGCUGUCACACGGCAAAGUUGCCCGCCUCGGUUUGACUCGAAGCCGGGGUGAAGCGUUAGCCGCUGCCGGCGGCUGCGGUGGUGUACCCGCGGUGCGUUCACUGACCUCUCCCUUUCUGCCCGCCAGAGCCAUGGCCGGCCUCACCGCCACUCGCUGCGGGCUGCCCAAGGAGAGCGUGGCCGAGAACGGAGCCUCGCCGCGGGGCAAAGUGCUGACCAUCGACACCAUGAACCCCACGGUGAAGAUGGUGGAGUACGCCGUGCGGGGGCCCAUCGUGCAACGCGCGGUGGAGCUGGAGAAAGAGCUCUUCGAGGGGAGGAAGAAGCCCUUCCAGGAGGUCAUCAAAGCCAACAUUGGGGAUGCGCACGCCAUGGGCCAGCAGCCAAUCACCUUCUUUCGACAGGUGUUGGCGCUUUGCUCCUACCCCGAGCUGCUCAACGACAGCACGUUUCCAGAGGACACCAAAAGUAGAGCACGCCGCAUCCUACAGUCCUGCGGCGGCAACAGCAUGGGUUCGUACAGUGCCAGUCAAGGCAUCGACUCUGUGCGGCAGGACGUGGCCCGCUACGUCCAACAAAGGGACGGCGGCGUCUACUGCGACCCGGACAACAUUUACCUCACCACGGGGGCCAGCGAUGGCAUUGUGACCAUGCUCAAGCUGCUGGUGUGCGGCGAGGGCGCGGCCCGCACCGGCGUCAUGAUCUCCAUCCCGCAGUACCCUCUGUACUCGGCGGCGCUGGCCGAGCUGGGCGCCGUGCAGAUCAACUACUACCUCAACGAGGAGGCCUGCUGGAGCAUGGACAUCAGCGAGCUGCAGCGGGCUCUGAACGAGGCCCGGGGCCACUGCAACCCUCGAGCCCUGUGCGUCAUCAAUCCGGGGAACCCCACGGGCCAGGUCCAGAACAGGAAGUGCAUCGAAGACGUCAUCCGAUUCGCCGCCAAGGAGCGUCUGUUCCUCAUGGCCGACGAGGUGUACCAGGAUAACGUGUACGCCGACGGGUGCCAAUUUCACUCUUUCAAGAAAGUGCUGUUUGAAAUGGGGCCCGAGUACUCCAACACGGUGGAACUGGCCUCCUUCCACUCCACCUCCAAGUGUUACAUGGGAGAGUGUGGCUUCCGCGGCGGCUACAUGGAGAUCAUCAACAUGGACGACGAGGUGAAAGCGCAGCUGACCAAGCUGGUGUCGGUGCGCCUGUGCCCGCCCGUUCCCGGACAGGCGCUGAUGGACCUCGUGGUCAACCCGCCGCGGCCCGGAGAGCCGUCCUACGACAAAUUUAUGAAGGAGCGUACAGCCACCCUAAGUGCCUUAGCAGACAAGGCCAAACUGACGGAGGAGGUGCUAAACACUGUGCCUGGCAUCAGCUGCAAUCCUGUGCAGGGCGCCAUGUACUCCUUCCCUCGUAUUAGCAUUCCAGAGAAGGCUGUCAAUGAAGCUGCGGGAAAAGGCCAACAACCUGACAUGUUCUACUGCAUGAGGCUGCUGGAGGAGACGGGGAUCUGCCUCGUUCCUGGAAGCGGCUUCGGGCAGAAGGACGGAACCUACCACUUCAGGAUGACCAUUCUGCCUCCCACCGACAAGCUGAAGAUCCUCCUGAGCAAAGUGAAGGAGUUCCACCAGAGGUUCACCAAGCAGUACUCCUAAGUCCCCUCCAUUUCUCAAACACACGCAUUCACUCAAGAACUUUUAGCAAAAUCCCAAUCCUCCUUUUUAUUUUAAGUGCCUUCACGUCGACUCUUCGUUCUAUCGCACGUCCUUCCUCCACUUGGACGUUAUCAGAUGUCCAAACAAGGGUGCUCAAAAUUAUGUUUGCCUCAAAAUUGUUGCUCAGCAUGGAUGGUGAGUAUGGAAGAAUACGUGCCAAGGUUUUUUUUUUUUUUAAUUAAAAAAAACAAAAAUAACACAAUUAAUGCUGCUUAAUGAAACAAACCAUGAAGUAUUCAUUGCCGCGCAUCACUGGGAGAAUAGGCAAGAAGACUUAUUUGC